AAGUGAUUUAGGUUGAAAUGAAACUAAUUAUCUUCCUUCAAAAAAAAAUAAAAUACCUAUAUAUCUAUCACGUAAUAUAAAAAGUAUAUACAGUAAUUAAAACCAUAAUAUUCUUUUACUCAUACAAAAAAAAUUUCAUAAUCAAACUCUCUCCUUGAUUGUUUGAUUGUUUAUACUACCAAGUCGAUCUCUUCCUCAAUAUUGGUCAAUUCUUCUACAAUAGUUGGGACUCGUAUGCAUAAUCCUAAACUCAAAAACUCCACUGCUUAACCAAUCUAGAGUUUAUUAAUUUAUAUAUAGAUAUUAUGAUGAGUAAUAUGAGUGGGGUAAUGCUGAAAAUUUUAUCUACAAUCACAGACCAAAUUACCAUAAAAAAUACAGUGCCACAGCUCCACCAUGGAGCUGUACUAGCAAUAACAACAACAUUAAUCAUCUUCCUUAUGAUGAUUCUCUACUUCUCCACAAAACCCAAGCCAGUUUACCUUCUCGACUUCGCAUGUUAUCAGCCACCGAACACACUACGAGUUUCACCAUCAAACUUUAUCGAGCACGUUGAAAGAAGUGGUUGUUUCAACCAAGAAAGCAAAGAUUUUCAAGAGAAGGUGCUACGAAGAUCAGGCAUUGGAAACGAGACAUUCUUGCCGAUUUCAGUGCAUGAAGUUUGCCCUACUCCUUCUAUCAAGGCAAGCAAGGCAGAGAUUGAACAAGUACUUUUUCCUAUAGUGAAACAACUCCUCUCAAAACAGAGAAAAAACUUAAGGAUAAACCCUAGAGACAUUGACAUGCUUGUCACCAACUGCAGCCUGUUUUGCCCUACUCCUUCUAUUUCAUCUAUGGUGAUAAGCAAGUUCGGGUUUAGAAGCGAUAUCAAGUGCUUUAGUCUUAGUGGAAUGGGGUGUAGUGCUGGGAUUUUGGCUAUAAGUUUGGCUAAAGAUUUGCUUAAAGUUCACAAUAACUCCAUAGCUUUGGUUCUUAGCAUGGAAGCUGUGUCUCCAAAUGGUUACCAGGGCCAAGUCAAGUCUAUGCUUUUAUCCAAUGUUUUGUUUCGUAUGGGUGGUGCAGCCAUUCUUUUAUCGAACCGAAAAAUCGAUAAGCCAAUUGCUAAGUACAAGCUCCAACACCUUGUUAGGACACAUACAGGAUCAGAUGACAAUGCUUACAAAUCUGUUUUCCAACAUUCAGAUGAUGAUGGAAAACAAGGGGUAUCAAUCUCAAGAUCACUUAUUCAUGUUGCUGCAAAAGCCCUAACCAUCAAUGUUUCAUGGUUAGGUCCUUUAGUACUACCCUAUUCUGAACAAUUCCGGUAUGGAUUGUCUGCAGUGUUGAGGCAAGUGUGGCAAUCCUCAUUCUCAUCUUCAUCCUCAGGUAGGCAGCUAACGAUUUACGUGCCGAAUUUUAAGAUGGCUUUUGAGCAUUUUUGCAUACAUGCUGGAGGAAGAGGUGUGAUUGAUGCUCUUGAAGAUAGUCUAAAGUUGAAUAAGGAAGAUGUAGAGGCUUCAAGAAUGACACUAUAUAGAUUUGGUAACACUUCCUCUUCUUCAGUUUGGUAUGAGCUUAGUUAUUUGGAGGCAAAAGGAAGAGUGAAGAAAGGAGACCGUGUUUGGCAAAUUGCAUUUGGGAGUGGUUUCAAGUGCAAUAGUGCUGUUUGGAAGUGCAUUUCAAAUCUUGAUUCAAGUGAAGCAAACACUUGGUCGGACAUAAUUAAUAUGUACCCUGUUGAGGUACCAGAAAUGUGAAAAAAAAAAAUUACAUGAAUUUUUACAUUUGGGUUCUCUCAUUUUAUACAAAUGAUCAAUAUAUAUAUUGUAGUAAAAUAAGACGAUGAAAUGACACUAGUAUAUACAUACAAUCUGUUGUGCACCA